AUGGUGCGACUGCACCAACCUAUUAAUAGCUGUCUCCCAUUCAGCUAUUACAGGGACAGAGAUUCAGACAAAGAUUCAGACAUAAGCGCUUCACCAGCAAACAUGGAGCCAGACCCGUUCACUCCCAAAGAUGGCUACGGACAAGUGAUCUACGCUUUCUUUCCAGACAUGCCCAAAAUCAUCCGCCUCGAUGAGCACAGGGUACUGAAAUCUGCAAUCACUAAUUCCACUGAAACUGAAGCCAUGAAAUUUGUCGCUGCCAACACCACGAUCCCAGUCCCAAAAGUCUACAAGACCAUAUGA